AUGGAUUUUAUUGAGACAUUCCCAUAUAUGAUCAAGUAUAAGGAAGGUAAGGAGAAUGUGGUCGCUGAUGUAUUAUCCCGAAGGUAUGCUUUGCUUAAUACUCUUAAUUCUAAAUUGUUAGGUUUAGGGUUUAUUAAAGAGUUGUAUUUGAAUUACAAUGACUUUGGUAUUGUGUUUAAUACUUGUGCUAAUGGGGCUGCCUUUAAUGAUUUUUAUGUAUUUGAUGGAUAUCUUUACAAAAAGAAUCGCCUAUGCAUUUCUAGUUGUUCUAUGUAUGAGAUACUUGUUAAAGAGGCACAUGCGGGCGGUUUAAUCGGUCAUUUUAGGGUGCAUAAGACUUAUGACAUCUUGAUUGAACAUUUCAUUUCACCUUGCAUGAAACGUGAUGUGAAUAACAUGUGUGGUCGAUGCAUUGUAGGUUUAAAGACUAAGUCUAAAUUGCAACCCUAUAGGUUAUAUACUCCUUUGCCUAUUCCUGAUGUUCCUUGUACAAAUUUAUCUGUGAAUUUUGGAAUUUUGCGAUUGCAUGGAGUUCCAAGAACCAUUGAUCUUUUGCCAUAUGUGGAGUUUGCAUAUAGUAGGGUUGUUCAUAGGACUACACAUUAUUCUCCAUUUAAAAUUGUUUAUGGUUUUAAUCCAUUAACUCUUAUUGAUAUAGUUCCUUUGCCUCUUAACAAGCUUGUUAGUGUUAAUGGUUCUUCUAAGGCAGAUUUGGUUAAAGGAUUACAUGAAUAA